CUUCCGGGUUAUGAGAAGUAAAUAAACGUGAGUGAGAAAUGACAUUGACGAUUAUUAUAAUUAUUUCUGUAGGUUAAUAAAGUAGUGAAUGAAGUGAAGUAGCCCUGAAAGCGCGCUCCUCUGACCUGGACCGAUGCAGCGACGCAGCAUGGCGGCGUGUUGCUGGCAUCUGUGCCCUGUUGUGAGGACUGCAGCACUUCGGGUCUGCUCUUACAGCACCAGCAGUGAAGUCAGCAGGCUGCAACAGAAGCAAGGCAGCGGCUCCAGACUCCCAGUCUUUCAGUACGUCGGCAAAAACAGAAGGCCCAGUCAUAAAGUCUUCGUUUGGGGCUUCAGCUUCUCUGGAGCGCUCGGUAUUCCCAGCUUUGUCGUUCCAGACAGUGGUAGGAAAAAUCCUCGGAAAUGUCAGCUUACUCCGUAUCGCCUGGAGACUGCAGAGCAGAUCACCUCGGCCGCCUGUGGCUACGGCUUCACUCUCCUCGCCUCGUCCACUAAAGAUGUGAUCAAGGUCUGGGGCAUGGGCCUGAACAAGGACUCCCAGCUGGGCUUCCAGCGGACGCAGCGGAGCCGCGAACACAGCUACGAGUACGUGCUGGAACCUUCUCCGCUGGCUCUCCCUCUGAAGGAACCUCAGCAGACCCGUGUGGUUCAGGUGUCGUGUGGACGAGCCCACUCCCUGGUGCUGACGGACAACGAGGGAGUUUUCAGUUUGGGGAAUAAUUCCUACGGUCAGUGUGGUCGCACCAUUGUGGAGGACGAAGUCUACAGUGGCAGUCACAUGAUCCACCAGGUCAAAGGCUUCAGCAGCAAAGUGGUUCAGGUGAGCUGCGGACAGGACCACAGUCUCUUCUUGACCGAGGAUGGCCGAGUGUUCGCCUGCGGGUGGGGAGCGGAUGGUCAGACAGGUCUCAGUCAUCACAACGUUACCUCCAUCCCGCUGGAAGUGGGUGGCGACCUGUCGGGGGUUCAGGUCCGGCAGGUCAGCACGUACGGAGACUGCAGCCUGGCCGUGUCCGCAGACGGACGCCUGUUUGGGUGGGGGAACUCUGAGUACCUGCAGCUGUCGUCGGUGACCGAGGAAACGCAGCUCAGCUCUCCCCGGCAACUUCCUCUCCAGGGCUGCGGGAAGGUGGUGCAGGUGGCGUGUGGAGGGACUCAAGUGGCCGUGCUCAACGAAAAGGGAGAGGUCUUCGUGUGGGGAUACGGGAUUCUUGGAAAAGGCCCAAACUUGUCGGAGUCCUCGACCCCGGAGCAGAUUCCUCCCACGUUGUUCGGACGUUCAGAGUUCAGCCCGUCUGUGUCUGUGUCCAAAAUCCGGUGUGGACUGAACCACUUUGCUGCUGUGACAGAUGGCGGUGAACUCUUUGUGUGGGGGAAGAACGUCCGUGGUUGUUUAGGCAUUGGAAAGAGAGAUGACCAGUACUUCCCCUGGAGGGUGACUGUUCCUGGCAGAGUAGUGGACGUGGCGUGCGGUGUUGACCACAUGGUGGCGCUGGCCAAGUCUCUCAUUUGAUCUUUCCAGGAGACAGAAGAUGGACGUGGACUGCAACUCGACACAACCUUUUUAAUGCAGCUUCAGAAGUUCAGAUGGAACUUUUGAGUCAGAUUGUU